AUGGCACAAUCCAUGACCAAAUCCAAGGCCCACAUCCUGAACUUUCAGCUCGACAUCGACGACAGUUGUGGCCUAACGGCGCUCAUCAACGAUGUCCGCUUCCAUUUCAUGAUUGAACCUGGGGAGCUGAAAAAGUCACCCUCAAAGCAGUUGUAUCGCGAGUACCUCAACCUGAUAACAGCAUUCCGUGAAGCGGAAGAAAGGGAAGAAGACCGAGUCGAAGAGCAGCUGGCUAAAGUCCGCAGCAAUAAGAACAAAGUCAGAGAGGGCUCAGAGGGUUCAGAGGGCAAGGACAGCGGUAUCGACGUCACGGCAGACAAGGAUAACGAUGCAGAAGAAGACGAAGGUCCCGAUUUUGCUAGCGCAGGCAUGGAACUGCGAAACUGGAUACUGGCCUUGUUCGCCGACAUCACUACCACGGACGCACCACCAGACCGCGAGCCAGAGGAGUCCACACUACACGAGUGGUAUCACGGCCCAACCUACUUCUAUACAAUGGAAACCGUCAAGGGAGAGCCGUCCCCCCGACUUCUAGAGACAAUACCCCGCCUGGAGGCCAUGAUUGGCGAGCACAUUCCACGCAUGAAGAUUCCAAAGUACAUGCAGAACUACAAGCUACCCUGGCUCGACGCCAACGACCUGGUUGUCCAAUCCGAAGUCAGCAUGCCGCCCCCCAUCCACCCGGGGCAAGUGCUGCAUAAAGCGACGGGCCAAAUCUACUUCUUCAAGCCCGUGGUCGCCGACCAGCCCGACUCGGUGAAACGCGAAAUCAAAAUCCUGCAACAGCUAGCUAAGCUACAUCUCGACAUCAAGUUCCCGCAUCUGCGAGGGUUCGUGGCACAUGGGAACAGCAGGACCGAGGUUAUGGGCCUGCUGCUCGAGAACAUCCGCUACCCUACGCCCCUGACCAAGCUCCUGCGGUCCAGCGUCGACGACGCCGCGCGCGCCGAGUGGAGCCGCAAGAGCGAAAAGUACGUCACGGCUCUGCACGACAAUGGUAUUAUCUGGGGCGACGCCAAAGCAGACAACUUCAUGGUUGACGCCGACUCGGAGCUAUGGAUCAUUGAUUUCGGCGGCAGCUACACCGAGGGCUGGAUUGAUCCCGACAUCAGCGAGACGCUGGAAGGCGACGACAUGGGCUUGCAGAAGAUCCAAGCCGCGCUCGAGGAUCCAGAUACGAAUACAACGGAUUUGGGAUUGCCUGAUGAAGACGAGGAUGAAUGUGAUGCAGAGCAGGACAAGGAACUAACGCGAAGUCAUGGCUGUAGUACGAGUAGUAGUAGCAGUGUGGCCAGAGAGACGGCUAGCACCUUAUUUGUGACGGAGAAGUUAGCCGGAGAAGAGGUGACGAGGACGCAGAAGCGGAAGAGAGCGGAGCGUGAGAUUGAUCCAGGGCCCGUGGAAGAGCAACUGGGAGAAAGUGAGGGGAAGAAGAGGAAAAGAGCCUAUGAUUAA